AUGGCCUAUUGUUUAAUAUUUAUAAAUACCAAUAAUGGUCAUCCAUUACUUGUUCGUUCAACAAAUAUACUUGAACGAAAUGAACAUUCACCUGAGAUGAUUCUAAAUCUCUUAGAACGACCAACAGAUAAUCAAAUUCCACUUGCAUUAAUUGGAAUUUUAACAAGUUCAUAUACAUUUUCAACGAAAUUCGGUAUACAACUUCGUUCAUGUCAUACAGAUGAUUGUACAAUACAUUUUUAUGAAUAUAAUGAACACUUAUUAAUGUGUUUAUUAGAACCAACAGAAUAUGAUAUACCAAAUGAAUGUACACAAUAUAAAUUAGUUUUAUUACGAACUUUAUUUAAUAUGAUUAUUGGAUAUGAAUAUAUUGAUCAAAAAAGUCAAACAAAUCCACAAAAAUUAGAAAAUGAUUUACAUCUAGUUAAAUAUUAUGUUGAUACGAUUUUAAAUGAUGAACGAACAUUUUCUUUUGGAGAUUUAACUCAAUGUGCUGAUACACUUUGUGGUUUUGAUCGAAAUAUAAUGUAUUCAUGUUUAAAAUCUAUAUCUGAUCAUUUACAUUGUGAACAUAUUUGUAUAACACUAUCAAAUCGUAUAAUUGCAUCAAGUACAGGAUGGUCACGUUUAACUCAAGCAGAACAAUAUAUUUUAACACUUCUUAUUACAUUAAAUGAUUAUUCAAAUGAUAUUUUACCAACUACUCGUGAUAUGCCUGUCUAUCUUGAUUCAAUCGAUCGUUCACGUAAUUAUCGUUUAGUAUCUGUUCGAUUACUUGGUCAAAUAUAUGUAUCCAUUCUUUGUUCAUCAACACCAAAAAUGAGUGAAUUUGAAGAUAUUGUUGAACGAUAUUGUCAUUCUCGUAUUGAACAUAUACAAAAUUUAAAUAGUCUUUUAUAUCCACGUGCAUUUCAUGAUGAUAUUAUUUUUGAUCAUAAUAUUCUUGCACUUUUAUAUAUUAAUCGACAAACACAUUUUUGUGCAAGUACAUUAGAACCAUUAAAACAAAAUAUGCCAUUAUCAAUAUCAAUUAAAAAACAUCGUUAUGGAUUAUUAAGACAAUUUUAUAUGGAAAUCGUUCGAAUGGAAAAAGAAAAAUUAUUACCAUAUGAUAAUUCAAAAAAUGAAACAAAAAUGAAUGAAAUGUAUAUGUUGAAUGAUGAUGAACAAAUUGAACAUAAAUGUUAUUUUCUUCGUGAACAAGAAUAUUUUGAAUUAUAUGUUUUAUUUGAUAUAAAUAUUCCAACAAUAGCAAUGCGAGGAAUAUCAAAGAAAACAUUGUUAUUACUUAGGAAAAAUUUGUAA